AUGACGGAAAACAUUCCUCCUGCCACUUUGCCGCCACCACCUUCGACCGCUGGCGCUCCAGGCUACGAUGGCGCCCCUGGCAGCAACGGACACACUGCCACUACCAGCAUGGGCCCUCCGGCGUUGCCUCCGGUGGUCAUUCCGCAAAACAAUAAUACUGUCGCGGCUCCCGUUACCCCCGGAUCCGCCUUGUCUCCUUCCUCGGGCGGCGUCGUUCGACGAGCUGCACCAGAACCGAACAAGAGGGCGCUUUAUGUGGGCGGCCUCGAUCCUCGAGUUACCGAGGAUGUUCUGAAGCAAAUCUUCGAGACUACCGGCCAUGUGGUCAGCGUCAAGAUCAUCCCAGACAAAAAUUUCAAUUCGAAAGGCUUCAACUAUGGCUUUGUCGAGUACGAUGACCCGGGCGCAGCGGAACGCGCCAUGACCACCUUGAAUGGACGACGGGUACAUCAAGCGGAGAUCCGGGUCAACUGGGCGUACCAAUCCAACGCGUCGAACAAGGAGGAUACCUCGAAUCAUUUUCAUAUCUUCGUGGGCGACCUGAGUAACGAGGUUAACGACGAAGUUCUACUCCAGGCGUUUUCUGCUUUUGGCUCGGUUUCCGAGGCCCGUGUGAUGUGGGACAUGAAGACUGGUCGUUCUCGUGGCUACGGGUUUGUUGCUUUUCGCGAAAGAGCUGAUGCUGAGAAGGCGCUCGCGUCUAUGGAUGGAGAAUGGCUGGGUAGCCGUGCGAUUCGUUGCAAUUGGGCCAACCAGAAGGGUCAGCCGUCUAUUUCUCAGCAGCAAGCCAUGGCCGCAAUGGGUAUGACGCCUACAACGCCCUUCGGACACCAUCAUUUCCCGACACAAGGCAUUCAGUCGUACGAAAUGGUCGUCAACCAGACUCCGACCUGGCAAACGACGUGCUAUGUUGGCAAUCUGACGCCAUACACGACCCAGGCAGAUCUCAUCCCCUUGUUCCAGAAUUUUGGGUACGUGGUGGAAACUCGGUUUCAGUCUGACCGGGGUUUUGCUUUUGUCAAAAUGGAUUCCCACGAGAAUGCGGCAAUGGCCAUUUGUCAAUUGUCGGGUUACAAUGUCAAUGGCCGACCGUUGAAAUGCUCGUGGGGUAAGGACCGUCCUCCUACUGGUCAAUUCGAUACGUACUCGCCACAGACCUCGAUUGGGUCUGCAUCCACUCCCGGUGGCUAUAAUCCAGCCUCCCCAUAUUUUUCUCAAUAUGGUGGUCCUGGACCCAUCACUCCUCAAGGUCCAAGCCCGGGUGGUCGUGGUGCUUGGGAUUCGAGCCAUCUGGCAAGCCCCUACACUGCAUCUCCGCAAUCUGCGUUUGGCCAAGUCCCUCCAUCAGCGGGGGGCUAUGGACGUGGUCAGACAACUCCGGGAGGAAUGUUCCAACAGCCACCACCUUCAUUUGGCAGCAAUUACCCAGGAUACCAGGCAUAG